AUGGAGAUCAUUAUCUGGGCCGUGUCUAGUCUCAUCCGCUGGAUGCGAUUGAAGGUUUAUCAAUACGAGGUGACCUUCUCCCUCUACAUGCUUACUCCCAUCGAGAAGCUCAUCUUCAAUACACUGCUUCUCGGUCUUUUUGCCAUGAUCGCUAUGGGAACCUACAUUUACCUCCCUGACCAUCUCCGCGCCAUCUACGGCCGCCUCUACUACUACUGGGCUGGCGAGCGCCUGUUCAGCUCAGGUCGCUUGUCGAUUAGCUCGGUGUUUGGCGAAAAUGGCGUGGCCACACAAAUCGGAGGUAUGGUGUACGAGACGGCAAAGAACGCCGCUGCCACCACCACCGAGCGGAUGGCUGAACUGUGA